AUGGCUCGCAGCGUGGCGGCCCUCCUGCUCCUGUGCAGUGGAGCCGCAGCUGCCGCCUCCCUCAGGGGCGGCGGCCUGCUGGACGCCGCUAUCAUGAGCCGCGGCCUGCUGGGCGCACCGACAGGCAUAUGGUCAGAGUUCAUGGACUCAGAGCCAGGUAUUCCUUCUGGCAGGUCGCCCGGCAGUGGCCUUGCGCCUUUGCCCAACCCAAUGUUGGCAAAUCCCUUUAUGGGGGGACUCGCUGCAGGCCCCAGCGGCGCCAUGCCGCCCAUGUUUGGCGGGAUGAUGGGACCCGUGCCUGUUGGCGAGAAUCCCAUGGCCUCGACGCAGGCGCAGCAGGCGGCCAUGUACCAGGCAAUGAUGGCGCAGCAGCAGGCCGUAAUGGGCGCGCAGCAGCAGCCACAGCAGCAGCAGAGCCAGCCGCAGCCGCAGCAGCAGCAGCAGCAGCAGCAGCAGCAGCAGCAGCAGCAGCAGCAGCAGCAGCAGCAGCAGCAGCAGCAGCAGCAGCAGCAGCAGCAGCAGCAGCAGCAGCAGCAACAACCGCAGGCGCCGCCGAAACGGGCGCCCGCUAGCCCCUCCGCCUCAGAGCAGCAGCGGCAGCAGCAGCAGCAGCAACAGCAGCAGCAGCAGAACCAGUAA